AUGGAGUUUCCGGCUAAAGUUCGCGUACCGCAGCGGUUGAAGGGUUGGAGGUUUCGUCCCACCGACGAAGAACUAGUGGGGUACUAUCUCCUCAACAAAAUCACUGGUUCUACUCCACUCCCUAACCCUAGUAUUGUCCAUGACUUUGACGUGUUCGGCAAGCAAGAGCCUUGGGAAAUCUGGAACAUGUUUCGACCACAUGAUGAUCAUGAUCAUGAUACUGAUCCUGAUGAUCUCUACUUUUUCACGAAGCCGAAGAAAACCACACCAAAAGGGAAACGUUUCAACCGCAAAGUUGGCUCCGGGACAUGGAAAGGACAAAAUUCCGGCACCGAGAUAUGCGGUUAUAGCGAAAGUGGUGAAGCCAACAAUGUUGUUAUGGGAUUGAAGAAACGAUUUCACUACGAGAACAAGCAGUUGAAGGAUCAGGAUGGGAGUUGGAUAAUGUUCGAGUACUGCCUUGCCGGUUCACUAGAACAUUGCAUCACCGGUCCUGAUAAUGAUUUUGUACUCUGCCAAAUCCGAAAGAAAAGCUCAUCCGACAACGAUAACAAGAAGAACAAGAACAAGAGGAAGAACGUGAUCAUGAGCCUUAAUGAUGAUGAUUAUGUACUGCCACCAUUAAAGAACCAGAAAACCAAUCAUGGUGGUAAUCAUGAUAGUGGCAUGUUUGCAAUACCACCAUCGCAAGCCUUGCCAAUAUGCCAAAGAGAACCUCCUUUUCCAAAAUUGCCGCAAGACUUGCCAUUAGCAGUGGAGGGUGAUCAUGGGCAUAACACUGAUGUGCAGGUUUAUCCUUUGCCAUUGCCACUGACAUGCCCACAACUACAACAACAACAACAACAACAACAACCUCCAUUGCCACAAUCUUCUUUGCCUUUGCCAGAACUAGGUGAUGAAUUUGUCAUGCUAUUGCCACAACAACCUUUGCCUUUGCCACAGGAUGAUGAUUUUGAUGACUUUAUCCUUGAUUUUGGAGUACUGGAUGAUUUUAAUUUGUAG